ACUGUUCUUCUGUUCUGCUUGGCUACCUAACAGUAGUAGUUUACUUUCAUGAAAGGGUGAGCAUAUCUGUUUGAUUCUUCUUUGUUUAUAUUGUAUUUUGGCAAAGUUUCUUGGAAUUAUUUAUAGAAUUUCUGAGAAUGGUUGGCUCCUGCUCCAUAUGUGACAUCACAACAAGAUUUUGGUGAGGUUGGGGUCACAGAUUGGUUACAACUGUGGCUUCUGUGCAGAGACAGAAACACAAUGUCAACUGGAAAUAAAGAAGAAAUUUCCCCUGAAGAAUUACGCAAGAGGCUUUAUCAGACAUUUAAGACUCGUGGUAUCUUGGAUACAUUAAAGAUACAGCUUCGAAAUCAGCUAAUCCACGAACUUAAGCAACCACUUCUUGGUGGGGAUGUCCCUCUGAAAACGGUUAUUGUGCAAGAAAAUUCUUUCCUGCUCCAUGCCUCAAACAGUUUGGUUGCAGAUCAUCUGCAAAAGUGUGGUUAUGAAUACUCCUUGUCUGUUUUUUAUCCUGAGAGUGGUUUGGAAAAGACAAAGAAGUUUUUAGUUGAAGACAUCCUUCAUCUUUUGAAAGUCAGCCCAAAAUCUGGACUAUAUAAUUCUUUAAUUUCAAAUGCACAGAACGAGAAAGGCUUUUUAAUGACUUUGCUCAUGGAACUGACGGACCAUCAUGUUCAUAAAGAGGAACAGAAUGCAGAGACACAGACUGAAACUACUUUGCAUUACAGAGAUUCACUUGUUGAAAAAAUGCAAAUAAUUGAUGAACAGUUUGCUGCACGGUAUCAACAAGGAUGUAAAUGGGAACCUUUGGAAAUCAAACUGAUUGAAUAUCGGAAAGAGGUGGAAGAGCAGAUAAAGGCAGAAAUGGAACAGAAGUUUUUGCACUUCAAAGAAGUUGAACUUGCAAAGAUCAAGAUGGAAGAAAAAGAAAAGUCACAUAAAGAAAUAGCAGAACUAAGGAGAGAAUUGAACCGCACCUACCAAGCAAAGUCUGAAGCCUUGAUUAAUAGGGAGAAAAGUGCAAUUGAAAGGCUUCAGAAACAACAAGAGAUUGAAGAGAAAGAAAUUUAUUCACAAAGACAGGCAUUACUUGCAGAGAUUGAAACACUGAGGAACAGAGAAGCAGAGUACAAGCAAAGAAUAGAAGCAUUUGAGAUGAACUGCAAAAUUCUAGAAGACAAGAAUAAGAUUAAGGAGGACUCUCUAAGACAGAAAGAGCUGAUGAUACAAAAUAAAGAAGAUGCUUAUGAACAAAAGCUUAAGAAUGAUCUCUUAAGAUAUCAACUGGAACUAAAAGAGGAAUAUUUGAAAAGGACUGAAAAAAUUACUGAAGAUGAAAAAAGAAUUAAAGUGGAGACUACACGUUUAAAAGAGGAGUCUGCAACACUCAAUCAGAAGAAAGAAGACCAUAAGAAAGCUUUAUCAGAACUAAAGAAAGCAGAGAUUGAAUUGGAUUUCGCUAAUUCCCAGCUAGCUCUACUUACUCAGCAAAAUGAUCUGCUAAAGGAAAGACUUAACGAAACAACAGAUUACCCACUCCUUAAAAGGGAAAAUUUGGAACUACAGGCUCAAACAAAAACGCAAAGGAAGCAUCUUGAAGAGGCCCAAGAGGAGAUCAAUCACUUGAGAGAAGAAUUAAGCCAUCCAUCCUCUGACUACUUGGCACUUCAGGCAGACCUGAGAAGACUUGAAAAUGCCAUGAAGUUUGAUGAAGAGGAAUUUAAAAGUCAGAAGCAAUUGCUAGAAAGACAGUUACAAAAUGAGGUGGAAAAUUCAGCACAGUUAAAAGCCCAGUUGGUGGAUUGUGAAGAAAAAAUCCGUUGGCUAAAUUCACACGUUGAAGAUUUAAAAACGCAGCUUCGCCAAACACAGCAAGCUUUGGAAAAUGAAGUCUUCCGCAACCCAAAACCCUCACUUGUUGACCGCUCUGUUCUUGACUUCAGUGCCAAUAAGAUUGCUCCUCCUGAUAUUUAUAUAGAUAGGUCUUUGCUAAGGGGUGUGACAUUGGUUGAAGAUGUUGUUUUUGAGCCUUCAGGUGUCUCAGCCAAGACCUAUGGGAUAAGUCCAGGGACUUCUUCAAACUCUGACAUGGAUUUGAUUGCUGAGGCAAGAGCAAGAAUCAGAGAACUGGAAAAAGAAGCUGAGACUUUGCAGGAGGCCUACAGACAUUACCAACAGAAAGCUGUCCGUUACACUGUUCUAAGCAGUCAGUCGCCAGCUCUAUCACCAGCACUGUCUUGUAGGAUCCCAUCUGCUACACAUCAGAGAGUGAUGUUUUCUGACCAUGUCAUUUCACCCCAGACAUUUGAUUUGAACACAGAUGGUCAUCACACAGAUUUUACACUUAAUAUGUGCAGAGGUGAGAUGCCAGGACAGCUGAAUUCUCCAGAGAGAAGCUUUUCACCAGUAAGAACAUUUUUCUCAUCUUCACAUCCUGCAAAUGAAGUAGAUAACAAUGGUUCUUUAUCAAAAAGUUGUCCGCAAUUAGUUGAAAACCCAGUGCCUCUGGCUUCAUCUGGUACUCAUCAUGCAACAAGUUCUCGAAGUUCAGAUAUGAGUCCUCCGGGUAGCCCUCAUCUGAAAAGUACCACUAGAGAAUAUAUCAGGUCUGAAAAAAUGCUUCACAGUCACUCUAGUGAGUCCUCUCCAGAACCUGAAAAAUUAUCGUUAGAGGAUCUUGCUGAACCCAUACGAGAUGCCAGUGAAAUACCGGAGCAGCUUGGAGAUGAUCUGUCUCAUCACUCUGGAGCUGGUAGGAACAGGAGCUCUGCCAGCACCCCAGCAUCCUCUUUACCGCAGGAGCACAGUGUAGCCAUCGAGAAUAUCCACCAGCAUAAGACACCAGAAGAAGUUGGUGAAAACGUUUCUGAGUUGGGAAGAGAAGAAACUGAGCAAAGCGAACUGGAGAAACUUGAACAUGAAAUGGUCCAUAAAGAGACUUCAUCUCAGGAGGAGCCUGAAGUGAAGAAUUCAGAAUUAAAACCAUCUGCCAUAAAUGAGAAAUCGAGUGCAGAUCAGUUGGAGAAAUACCUGAAAAUAGUCAUGGAGAGCAAAGAACAGGAGCAGAACUCACUGAAGGAUACUGAAGAGAUGAGUCCAGCACAUUUUUUGAUUGAAGAGAAGGACGACAGCAUUGCUUCACUUUCACAUGAUGCUGCCGACGAAGACUUCUGGUGAUCCUGUUCCAACACUGACUAGCUUGAGCUAUAAUGCUUUGUAAAAAAUGUUAAUAUAAAGGUACUUUUUCUGCCUUGUAUAAAUUUUCUGAGUACAGCUUGUCUCUAUACUCCAGUGAUUUUCUCCUUAACGCUGAAGGCAAUCUCUUUUGUAAACUAGGUCAAUGGAAUUUCAUUAUGUUUUGCUUGACCGCAUUGCUAUAAUUCUUUUAAUUUAAUAAAACAUAUUAAA